AUGAAGCUUGCAAUAUAUGAAGUAGGGCUAUUUCCAUAAAAUAUGAAAACAUAAUUCUAAGAACUGCAAGCAUUUUCUUAAUGGCAAUAUCUGGGAAAAAAUUUAAUUUCUACAGUUUUUAUUGCAUUGUUAGAUUUUUUUAUUGCAACUAAUAAAUCUUAAGCAAUGGAACAAUUAGCCAAACCUAAAAGUAGUUAUUAAAAUGGAUAAAAUCUUAUGAUAUCAUAAUUGAUAUAUAAUUUACGAAUGGGGAAAAUAAAUACAAAAGAAUUUUUCACAUAGCUAAAAAAUUUUGAUAGCUCAAAUGAUAAAGGGGGAUAAUUAUUGGAAGAGUUUUGCUAAUUGUAGGGAUUAAAAAGAUCAUCAAAUAAUCCAAAAUUAAUGAUAGAAAGUAUUGCAAACUUUUUUUCAAUUACAAUAAUUUUUAUUAGACAGUUUUCAAUAGGAAAUACUAGUAAGUCUAGAGUAUUCAUUUUAUAAUAAAUAGAUGGUUAUUAUUUAAUUAAAUAAAGCAGUACUGUGAUUUAGUAUAUAAAUCAACGCUAAUAAAUAUGCAAACUUUGUUAAAUGAGAUGUGAUGAUUAUUUUAUCACUCCAGUUUGUUUUCACAUAAGUUGUUAUAAAUGUUUAAAUGAAAAAAUAAGAAAAGCAAAUUAAUAAUUAGUGUUGUCAUGUAAUAAUUAUUGUAUGCAAAAAAUAUUAGUAAAAGAUAUUCAAUAUUAUUAAAUAAAAGAACUAAAUAUAUAAGAAAAGAAGUUUUAAUAAGAAUAAUCAAUUAAUUUAUCAAAAUCAUAAUAGUUCACUAAUGAUAAUUAAAAAUCCAACUCUUUUCAAAAUGUAGUUGAAAAUAACAAUUAAAAGAUUAAUUAAAUUUAUUAUAACAAUCUUAUUGAUUCAAAAUAAUAAUAAAGAUGUAAUUCUUGUUAAUAAUCUAAUAUUAAUUAAAUAUUUAUUAAUAGUUUAUGUAACCAUAAAUUUUGUAUAGACUGUUUUAAAAAAAGAAUCAUAACCUAAAAUUAGAGAUGUCCAAUAAAAGAUUGUUAUAAAGCAAUUGAUGCUUCACUAUUUUAAUAAAGAAUUUAACUAGAAAAUGAAAUAUAAAAAAAUUAAAAGUCUUUUCAAACAAUAAAUUUAUAGUCUUUUAAAUGUAGUAAAUGUAUGAGUGAAUAUAACAUAAGCAGUUUAUAUAAAGACAAAGGAUGCAUGCAUUUUAUUUGUUUUACAUGUAUUGAAUUAUAGGUUCAAAAAUCCAUUUAGAAUAAACUAAAUUAUUAAAUAGUAAAAUGUCCUUUAUGUAAUAAUAUAUAUGGUAGAGAUUUUGAAAAAUAUUAUGAUUAAUAACAAUUACUUUUAGUAGAAUAGAGAAUUAAAUAUGAUGAAUAAUUUAAAAAAGAAGAUUAGGAAAGAGAACUUAAAGAAAAAGAAUAGUAACAAACAUUUCAAUAACAAAAAUAAGAGUAAUAAUAAUUAUUAGAAUCAUCUUCAUAUAAAAAAGUAGAAAAGUACUCUUAUGAAAUUAAUGAUACUUAAAAAUAAUAAUCAUAAAUAUUAACAUAGUAUGAUUAAUAAAAUAAUUCUUAAUCAAAUAAAAAUCUUUUAGAUUCAACAACACAAUCAAACAAAUUUGAAGAAGGGCUUAAACAAAAUGAAUAAGGUGAAUGUACUAUGUGUUAUACAUAAUUUUCAGAAUUUAAUUUAAGAUAAGAAAUAGAUUGUUAAUAUCAUUAAAUAGGAGUAUGUUGUAUGAUCAACUUUAAAAGAUGUCCAUAAUGUGAAUCUAAAAAUGUAAAUUCUAAAAUUAUCAGAGCAAAACGUAUUAUUUAAAUCAUAAUUAGCAAAAUUAAUUUUAUAAACAUUCAUCUAAAAUGUUGAAUUUAUUAGUUAAUCUAGUAUCUAUAAUUCCUCAACUAAGUAAUAUAAUUAUGGAAAUGCUGAUGAUUAUUCUAGAUUGAAUUCUAGAGGUAAUGUAAUUUAAAAUCAAAAUAAACCCUAAUAACGAAAUAGUACUAUGGAUACUAACAUUUUCAGAAGUCAAGCUUAAUAAAAUAAUGUAGUUAGUGUUUAUGGGGCAGGAUACAAACGAUGA